CCCGAACCUGAUACAAUGGACCGAACCGAUAACAUCUCAGAGACUCCGGAUGUUGGGGAAGAGCGCGGGUCGUCUUCGCCUGAGCUAUCGCUGGAGGUGAUAUUACCCGAACCACUGCGACAAGAAAUAGCCAGUUGGUGUGCGUCGAGACUGGCCGCAUCUUCGCUAGACAUCGAACAAGUCUACGUUGAACUCCGCCAUCUCGAGGCAAAGGAGAAGCUGGUCGUCGCCCAAGAUGGGUGCUUUGGCAGUGUUUCCGCCGCUUGGACUCGGGAGAAGAUGAAACAGAUGAUAGCGCGCGGGUUCGACAUUCGUCGGUGCCUUCUUCGAUCCGCAGCCUUGGAGCUUUCGCGCGACAAGCUGCAGCCCAUCACUAUCGUCGACCUCCCCCUGGACAUCCUGCGCAUCAUUUUCAAUGAAUUUCACUACGACAGGGUAUUUAGCGACUCCCGGUCUUCGCUGGACAUUGCGGACGUGAUAUGCCAACGUCCACACAUAGCGUGUGGGGUCCAUGGCAUUCAGGUGUGCCUGGCAUACCGGCCGAAGGAAUACGCCGACAGCCUUGUCCGAUAUACGACCUCGCGCCUGACGAAUCUGUCGCUAUACGUGCGUCUCCGCUACGACCUCUGUGCAGUCGACGGCGGGGACACAUCACUGCUCCAGGAGGAAGCGGAUAGUUGGCUCAAGUUAUCCGCUGACUGGGAAGAUUACUGCAGAGAAUUUGAUGGGGGAGGAGCGAGCAGAGAGGUGCCGGAAGGAUAUCUCACUCCGUACCGGGAGAUGCUUCGGCAGGGAUAUGCCGAGUUCCGUCGCCUGCACGAAGAACAGCGCCGACUGCUCUCGGACGGUUCUUUUGCGAAUGCGCUUGCCGCCGCAAUUGCGCAGUUGCCCAAUGCACACUGCUUGUCCUUUGUCGACGACGUCGAGCGCCACGCGGACCUCGAGGGAAGUUUGCUCAACGACGCCGGUCGGUUCUCUCGAAUGAUGCAAGCCCAACCGCAAUGGCGAGAGAUUGAUGAUGAUGAACAAGGCGGUUCACCAGUCGACAUGGAGUCCAUACAGCACCGGCCUGCCCUUGUUCCCGACGAAGACAAACUUCACCUUGACCAUUAUGUCGGCGCAAUCCUUUCCAAUUGCGGGAAGCAGCUGCGGUAUCUGCACGUCGACCUUUCCAACCUUGGCAUUCGGACGAAUGCUUUCCGUGCUGAACACGAAAACUGCUCCUAUGCUGGCCCGUUCCUCGCUCGGUUGCAGGAAAUGCCGCGCAUCCGGAACCUUAGCCUCUAUGGAAGCGAGCUUGGUCUAUGGCGAUGCAUUGAGGAAACUUCGAUCCCCCAAGAUGUCGGGCGCUAUAUGCGCGGCGAACUGGAGCGUAAUCCGCUCCGACCAUACACUGAUUCUUAA